UCACAACACAAAAAGCUACUUUCACACACACAUACAUAUAUAUAAACCAUUACACACACCUCUUCCUAUUACCUCCAAUCCUUUCAACAUUCUCUCUCAAAAAACAAAACCGAAAAAAAAAAGCUCAGUUAUCUGAAACCACCAUGGAACAACCACCAUCCCACAUAGCCAUAGUUCCAACUCCGGGGAUGGGCCACCUCAUCCCCCUGGGUGAGUUCGCCAAGCGGCUCAUCCACCACCACCACUUCUCCGUCACCUUCCUCGUCCCCACCGACGGCCCUCUCUCCGCCGCUCAGGAAGCAUUUUUCGAAUCGCUUCCUGACGGCAUAUCUCACAUCCUCCUCCCUCCGGUGAAUUUCGACGACUUGUCCGAAGACGUCAAAAUCGAGACCCGGAUCUCCCUCACGAUGGCGCAGUCUAUCCCGUCGCUCCGUGAGGCGGUCCGGUCCCUGGUGGGGUCGAUUGGGUUGGUGGCUCUGGUUGUCGAUCUCUUUGGCACUGAUGCAUUUGAAGUUGCAAGAGAAUUCAAUCUCUCUCCUUAUAUCUUCUUCCCAUCUACAGCCAUGGCUUUGUCUUUGUUUCUUCACUUGCCAAAGCUUGAUCAAGCUGUGUCUUGUGAGUAUAGAGACUUACCUGACCCGGUUCAAAUCCCGGGUUGUGUACCGAUUCAUGGAAAAUAUUUGUUGGACCCGGUUCAGGACCGGUCCAACGACGCCUACAGAUGGGUUCUUCACCACACGAAACGGUACCGUUUGGCUGAGGGUAUAAUGGUCAACAGCUUCAAGGAGUUGGAAGGUGGAGCCAUAAAGGCUUUGCAAGAGCAAGAACCCGGUAAGCCUCCCGUUUACCCGAUUGGACCGCUUAUAAAUAUGGAUUCAAGUAGUGGGGUUGACGGGUCGGAGUGUCUGAGGUGGUUGGAUGAUCAGCCACGUGGCUCGGUUUUAUUCAUUUCGUUCGGGAGUGGAGGGACCCUCUCAUAUGAUCAGCUCAAUGAGUUGGCCUUGGGUUUGGAAAUGAGUGAGCAACGAUUUUUAUGGGUUGUUAGAACUCCAAAUGAUAAAGUUGCCAAUGCUUCAUACUUUAGUGUCAAUAGCCAAAAUGACCCUUUUGCCUUCUUACCCAAAGGGUUCCUAGAUAGGACCAAAGGGUAUGGUCUAGUGGUGCCAUCUUGGGCCCCACAGGCUCAAAUUCUAAGCCAUGGUUCGACCGGUGGAUUCCUGACUCAUUGUGGUUGGAACUCAACACUCGAGAGUGUGGUUCAUGGCAUUCCAUUAAUUACUUGGCCACUCUACGCAGAACAAAAGAUGAAUGCUGUAAUGUUAACAGAAGAUCUGAGAGUUGCUUUGAAGGUGAAAGUUAGCGAAAACAGCAUUGUUGGCCGAAUUGAGAUUGCAAAAGUUGUCAAGGAUCUAAUGGAAGGUAAAGAAGGGAAACAGGUUCGUUGCCGAAUGAGAGACUUAAAGGAUGCCGCUGCAAAGGUGCUGAGCAAAGAUGGUGACUCGACAAAGUCACUUGCCGAGUUGGCUGAGAAAUGGAAGAAUAGAAUGAGUAAUUAAUUAGACUAGUGUUCAUCUACCUUGAUUCCUCUUUUCAUUAGUUAACAUAUAAUUUUUUAGAAAAAUGUAUAGAAAAAUAAUGCAGUGUUGUCAAUACUGUAUUCUAUUCUGUGCAUCUUUCUAUGAAAAAAAUUCUAUGUUAAUAACAUUUAUGCUUUGUUUUUCAUUUUAUUUUCCUAUGUGUCAUAUGGUUUAAUACUACAUGCAUGUAUGUAUGCUCUUUUGCUUUUGCUAUUGAAGUUGCAAUUGGUCUUGCAUAGCAAUCAUUUUGUUUGAA